AUGGGGACCCCCUUCGCCAGCGCCUCCACCGUCGAGUUCCACCCGCAGUGGCUGAGGAAGGCCCCCGUGGAAGGAUGGCUCAGGAUCAUCAACUGCGGGGCCCACCCGCGGAUUACCAGCCCGCGUUGGCUCUCCUCCGCCUGCCUCGCCAGAUCCUCCGGGAAGUACCCGCCGCCGCCGCCCGGGGGCCCCCCUGGGCCCAUGGGGCCAGCCUGCAGAACCCAGAUGAAGGGCCUGCGGGACUCCUCCAGCGCCGCCGCCAGCUCCUCCAGCUCCUCAUCGGCAGGGCCGACGAGCGUGCCGAAGGAUAUGUAG